UGAUAGCCUGUGCGUUGCAUGAUUGGGAUUGUUGUGAUGGGACGACGCAGCCAUCUUGGAUCAGCGCCGCUUCACACCGAGCAGCAGCAGAGGACGUUAACGGUUGAGCCAGUUGGCUGCCGUUAGCUGCUCGGUCAGAUUAAACCGUCGCUGUGCGUUGUGACUAUGCGUUUCAGGCGUUAUUUUUCUACGUUAGCUGCCGCUUUGGGCGCAUAAAAAAUGGGCGUAAAUCGAGUUAAACGUUCAACGUUAUAAAUCCGAAGAGGUCGACGGCGGCGCAGAUCCUCUGUAUAUUUGUUACAUUUCUGGAUAGAGGAGUUACUAUGAAUGGAGGAUAAAUGUUGCCGAAGGCUGACAGCAGCAGUUUCGUCCUCUUCUCUCUUCUCUUCGUCCUCACAUUAACGGACCCGCCACGGACAGGUCCGCGGCUAGCUCUGGCAAGAUUAUUGUCAGAGCAGCGCUGCAGCCCUGGGCAGUUUGCCUGCCGCAGUGGGAAGAUGCAGUGUAUCCCAAUGUCCUGGCAGUGUGACGGCUGGACAGCAUGUGAGGACAAGAGCGACGAGAUGGACUGUCCCCCUAUAAAGGAAGAAAGGUUUCGUUUCGGCAACGGAUAUGACCAGGUGGAAGACGUCAUCGGUGUGGCUCAGCCUGUGCGCUUCAACAAGAAAUGCCCCAGCGGGUGGCACCACUACGAGAAGACAGCCAGCUGCUACAAAGUGUACCUGAGGAAUGAAAACUACUGGCAGGCUGUGGACACCUGUCAGAAAGUCAACGGUUCAUUGGCCACGUUCGUUACCAACGAGGAGCUGCAGUUCAUACUGAAGAUCGAGGUGGACUUUGACGACAAAGUCUGCGAGCGCAGAGAUCAGUGCAAGUUUUGGGUAGGCUACCAGUAUGUGAUCACUAAUCAGAACCACUCUCUCGAGGGCCGCUGGGAGGUAGCAUAUAAAGGGUCUAUGCAGGUGUUUCUCCCACCUGAGGGUCUGACCAAUUUUGGGGAGGCGUCUCCCACCCAGGACAACGUCUUCUGCGCCCAGCUUCAACGCUUUCAGAUCAAAAGCAUGAAUGAACGAGGUCUGCACAGCUGGCACGCUGAGAACUGCUACAAGAAGUUCCCCUUUCUCUGCAAGAGGAGACAAACGUGUGUGGAUAUUAAAGACAACGUUGUUAACGAGGGCUACUACUUCACCCCUAAGGGGGACGACCCGUGUCUGAGCUGCACAUGUCACGACGGCGAGCCUGAGAUGUGCGUGGCCGCGCUGUGUGAGCGGCCGCAGGGCUGCCAGCACUUCCGCAAGGAUCCCAAAGAGUGCUGCAAGUUCACCUGCCUGGAUCCAGAUGGAAACAGUCUGUUUGACUCAAUGGCCAGCGGGAUGAGACUGAUCGUCAGCUGCAUCUCAUCCUUCCUCAUCCUCUCUCUGCUGCUCUUCAUGGUGCACAGACUCCGUCAGCGGAGGCGCGAACGCAUAGAAACACUGAUUGGUGGGAACUUGCACCACUUUAACCUUGGAAGACGAGUCCCAGGCUUUGACUACGGCCCGGAUGCCUUUGGCACCGGCCUCACUCCCCUGCAUCUGUCUGAUGAUGGAGAGGGCGGCGCUUUCCAUUUCCAAGAGCCUCCUCCGCCGUAUGCAGCCUACAAAUACCCCGACAUCCAGCACCCCGAUGACCCCCCUCCUCCGUACGAAGCCUCCAUCAACCCAGACAGCCUCCUCUACGUGGACCUCGGUCACAGCGGGGUUUCCAUGGUUCCGAGCCAGAUGAACGUCAUGGUAGAUGGGCUCCAGGCCGACAUUUCCAACACCUCUGGUCCCGUGCCAGACUUGGCGCCGUCCUCUCAGGAGAGGGAGGACUCCAUAGAUAGCAGCACCCUCCUGGUGGGGCCCGACACCCCGACAGAUGGCCACACCCCCGCUCCCAUGCCCGCAGACUGCGCCUCCUCCCUCAGCACCAUGGUAUAGGACUGCAGACGGACAGCAGGACAUUCCCUGCUGGUUGAGGAAGGUCACGAGUGUGUUCUGCUCCACCCACUGCGCCGGGGAGAGGACGCAGCAGACUGAUCUGUCGUUUAUCAAAAAUGCUGACUGCAGAGAGAGUUAAAAGUUUGUACAGGCAUAUCAGGAGGUGGAGCCGCCUGGUUCUUUGAGGAUCACUCUGCGAAGGCUCUGCAGUCAGAGUUUUUUUCAAGACACUGGCAUCAAAAGGAGCAGAGAAGACUGUUUCUGUACAGAGAAGAAAAACACUACAUUAAGGCUGAGAUGGCUGCACUUUUACUUUUACGCAUCGACUGAGCAAAGCUUUCCAAACAUCUCAGAGUUGGCCUGAUUGGUCGAGAAGCCCUGAUGUAAAUACCCCCUCAGGUCUGUGCCAGUCAGAUUUGUUAUACUUGUGUGUGUGUGUGUGUGUGUCCAGCACAAGGCGAAGAAUGACAGACGGGACAAUGAAGCCAGCUUGUGCUCCUUGUGCGUUUUUGUUUUUUUUGUUGUUUUUUUUUUUUGCAUCAUACCGUCAGUCAAGCGGAUGAAUCUGAAUCGAUCUGUCCGUCUCCAGGCUAAAAUAACAUUCUUAUCAGCCUUGCCUGUCGCGGCAUGUCCCACAUCUGGAUUUCUACUCGCUCAUAAAAAAAAACCCUGCUGUCCCCUCACUUUCUUAUUAGUCUGAUACAUGAAGCUGUCUUCCAGGUUUAUAGCGCAUAUUUGCAGCAAAAGGUGUUUUGUAGUUUAACAUUGCAAGAAGGUACGGUUAGGUCCCUCCUAUAGUGGGUUUUUAUAAGGUAAUGCUGGCACAGAAGCAUUAUGUAUCAACGAAUGUUGUGGUACUGAUAAAUCUGAGUUUGGUAUUGUGUUCUUUUGAUAAUUUAUGACCGCAGGCUGUAAUCUCGAUUGUUUUAUUCUUGGAUAGAAGCAGUCUGAACUCCCCGUUGAAAAGCGAUGAAGCUUUUCAAGUAUAUGUGUGUUAAGAUUAGGGAUGAUAUCCUGCCAUUGAAUUUCGAAAAAAAAAAAAAAAAUCAAUUUAUUUAAAAUAACUGUUCCAAUCAUGAAGUCACUGAAUCAUGCAGAUGGUCCCAUUGUUACAUUAUCAUCUCUUCUUUAUCAUGAACUGUGUAUUUGCUAAAAUGUUUUGCACGCUCAUCUGUUCAUUAAAUCAGGUUUUUUUUUUUCUGUUUUUUCGGGAAAAACUAUUUUUUUGGGGGGGGGGAGAACAAUUUGUCAGGUGUCACAUUUGGAUGCUGCCACUCCAUCGCUGAUGUGUCUUUAUGUGUGAUCUUAGUUACCGAUGAUGUUUUCAGCUACUGAUGAAGGUGACGUCACCGACCACAGCUGCGAGUCUGUUUCUGAUUUGGUGUUGACGGGUCUAACCGUUUUUGUUUCUCAAUGGGAUAAAAAAAAAAAAAAUUGUAAUAAAAGGAAAAAGUGUAAAGUGCAUAUUAGGAGCGAGUUAGACCCCCUAUUAUGACGACAAUCGUUUGAUUCACUCAAGGAUGAAUUUUACAUGAAUGAAGGAGUCAGAUCGUCGGGCCCGAGAAGCUCAGGUCGGAGUCAGAGCGACCCGCAACCACCAGCAUUCAACCUGCUUUUCAUCUGCCUCGAGAAAAACUGUGUGUCUGAGCAUCUGCGUAUCUCAUGUUUGAAUGUACUGUGUGUAUAAAACAUUAUUAUUAUUAUUAUUAUUAUUAUUAUUAUUUUUGUCAAGCUUAUUUUCCCCUGUUUUUCUUUUUUGUUUUUUUUUUGGCAUCGACAAUCCACCGUGGAUUAUCCAACAAACAAACUCAUGUUCUCAUAAAUUGUGGGGAAAAAAGUAACAUGCAUGUGUGUAUAGGAGAUGGUGUACUGGUUUGUUUUUUUUUGUUUUUUUUCCCAUCAUCAAGUUUGUUUGGUUUUUAUUUUUUCAACCUUGCUUUUUGGACCUGCAGUGCAUGUUUUUAUCUUUUGGCAUGCUGAGAGAUUUUUUUUGUUUUGUUCAGAUGUUUUUUCUUUUUGUUUUUUUUUGUUUGUUUUUUUUAAUGGAAACAGCCAAAACGGUCAGUCCUGUAUAGUAGGUUCAAAGACUCUUGCAUAUAGUUUAAUAUCUCCGUAUGCAUCGAAAAAAACCUGCCCACGACCCAAACAGCUGCAUUUACACUGUAGUUUCUGUGCUCGACCAUGGCGGUGUGACGACUCAUUUUACUGGAUUUGAAAUGUUUUAUGUAUAAAACAACAGAUGCUACA